AUGCAAACACCGCUAGUGUGGCGGUCGUCCUCACCUGCUACAUACUAUCUUGGCCACAUACUUCCCUUUGAUAUCGACAUAUCUAAAUAUCCAAGUUCCGAGCCGUUAUCCUACGAGGAGGAUCAAGGCGCCUUUAUUGUCGAGAUGGAUGACAAGAAGAACGAGGAUUUCGUUGUGCAAGUAUCCGAUGAAGGCUUCGAUGGAGAUGAAAAGGUAGCUUUGAGGGCCAAGGCCGCUAUAUCAAAACCUCGUGAACAAAACGAAAUCAAUCAGUCGUUGUCAAAGUUGGACAACAGUCCUUUGCUCUCGGUCGUGGCAUAUUGCUUCUCUUCUAUCAGCAUGACUGUUGUAAACAAGUAUGUGGUAUCAGGAGCGUUUUGGAACCUGAACUUCUUUUAUCUUGCCAUCCAGGUACCUAUUGUCGCCACCCUUUUGCUUUUCUCGACAAACUGUCUCUACAAGGCGGUUGUCUGUAUCGCAGCUAUUUCGGCCUGCAAGUCUUUUGGUCUUAUUCGAAAUCUCGCAUCCUUCGACAAGAACCGGGCUAGAAAGUGGUUUCCGAUCUCGCUUCUGCUCGUCGGGAUGAUCUAUACUAGCACCAAAGCCUUGCAGUUUCUUUCGGUUCCGGUGUAUACGAUAUUCAAGAAUUUGACUAUCAUUGUCAUCGCCUAUGGCGAAGUUUUGUGGUUUGGCGGCAGCGUGACACCGCUUGCCCUGCUAUCGUUCGGGCUUAUGGUUCUCAGUUCCGUGGUAGCUGCUUGGGCAGAUAUUCAAAGUGCAAUCGCUGGGGACUUUGGAUUUACCGACGCCUCAGCAGCCAUAUCUACUCUGAACGCCGGGUACGCAUGGAUGGGGCUGAAUGUCUUUUGCACCGCAUCGUAUGUUCUGGGUAUGCGCAAAGUGAUCAAGAAGAUGAACUUUAAAGACUGGGAUACUAUGUACUACAAUAACUUGUUGACGAUUCCCGUCCUCUUCAUAUGUUCGCUGCUGGCAGAAGAUUGGUCGGGCACUAACUUCGCCAAAAACUUCCCUGACGAGUCGCGUAACCGGAUAAUUAUCGGCAUGGUUUACUCUGGAUUAGCGGCAAUAUUUAUUUCGUACUGCUCUGCGUGGUGCAUUCGAAUCACAUCCUCCACUACUUACUCCAUGGUGGGAGCCCUCAACAAGCUGCCUAUUGCCAUCAGUGGGUUAGUCUUCUUUGCGGCCCCAGUCACAUUCGGUAGUGUAUCGGCCAUUGCCAUUGGAUUCGUCAGUGGCAUCGUCUAUGCGUGGGCUAGAGUGCGGCAAUCAAGCGAUGCAAAAGACUCCCUACCAAUUAGCCGGCCACCCAUCAGCGCCAGUUCCCAGAGCAGCCGCGACGCGGCAAAUUCUUAA